AUGGAAGAUAUUGGAUUGGUUAAACAAGGCUGGAAAUGGAUGCAAUCUCAGAAACAUAUGUGUUCGGAUGCUUGUUCUGCGAUGCGAUGCUUUGGGGAGAAGAUAGGAGAGGUCGUGGAGCGUCACUGGCCAUUGGUGUGUAGUGGAUGUGGGAAGCUAUUAGGGUUGCUUCGUCUGUCGAUUGUUUACUGGAAAGAUUGUAUCUUGAGGGGUUUCCGUUGCAGCGCCAAAUUGGGAUCAGCUGCUUUGCUUCUGAUAAUGUGGAGUUGCUUCCUCAGCCUGACUUCCUUAUCUUGCUUGGUUUAUGUUCUCCUCAGUAUGGGAGCUGCUGCAGCUGUUGUUCUGAACUUGGGUUGCACUCCUGGGCUCUUUAUUGUAGGACUCUUUGGAAUUUUGGUAUUAUGGAUGUAUGCAAACUUUUGGAUCACCGGAACGUUGUUCAUAGUCGGAGGCAAGUUUCAAUUUUUCGCUUUUUGUUUGAUUUCAGGCUAUUUAUUCUCCUUAAAUCAUGCCCGUGUGGUGGUUCUAAUGGCGGCCUUAUAUGCGAUGUACUGUGUUAAAGUCAGACUUGGAUGGCUUGGUCUUUUGCUCUCAAUGAAUCUUGCUUUCCUGUCCAACGAUAUAUUGAACUGCCUUCUUCAGUGGUGUGACAAUCUAAGUGAUAAACCACAAACCGAGGAACCAAAGAAACCAGAGGAAACAAUCAUAGAAGAAGACUAUUCAGGGGAAUUUGAGUAUCCUUCAGUCCCUGUCGAAGAAGAAACUGAGAAAAAGGUUCAUGAGAAUAAGUCUUCUGCUGAACCAACUGCUCCUACAACUGUUGUUAAUAGCGUGAAGGAGAUCACUAGUGUUAAGAUACUCCAAAUAGAAACAAGUUCAGCUGAUGAAAUGAAGAGAAUACUGAAAAGUUUGAAUCACUAUGAAGCAUUGGGGUUCCCUCGGCAUAAAAAGAUCGAUGCCGCGGAACUUAAGAAAGAGUAUAGAAAAAAGGCAAUGUUGGUUCAUCCUGAUAAAAAUAUGGGAAGUCCGUUGGCAAGUGAAUCAUUCAAGAAACUUCAAUGUGCUUACGAGGUCCUCUCUGAUUUCGUAAAGAAGAGAGAUUACGAUGAGCAAUUACGGAAAGAAGAAUCUAGGACCAGGAGUGUUUGUCAGACAUCUCAUGCUUCUUCACACCAGAGUGGUCCCGAUUAUCGAUCAGAAGAGUCGAGGCGGAUACAUUGCACCAAAUGUGGUAAUUCACACAUAUGGGUAUGCACCAAUAGGACUAAAGCAAAGGCAAGAUGGUGCCAGGAUUGUGGUCAAUAUCAUCAAGCGAAAGAUGGAGAUGGGUGGGUUGAACUCAAAGGGACAUUACCCUUCGAAAGAGCACAUAAGAUUGAAAUACCGCGUGCUUUUGUUUGUGCGGAAAGCAAGAUCUUUGAUGUCUCAGAAUGGGCCAUUUGUCAGGGAAUGGCGUGUAGACCAAACACACAUAGGCCAAGCUUUCAUGUGAACAUGGUUGGGUUAGAGAAGACAACACAGAGAUCAAACUCAAGUAGGUUCCCUUGGGAUCUAGAUGUGGAGAUGAUGGAUGAGGAUGAAGAAGAGUUUGAGCUAUGGCUUCAACAAGCUCUUGCUUCUGGUCUCUUUUGCGAAACCUCAAAACGCAGAAAAAGCUGGAGCCCUUUCAAGUUGAGCCAGAUGAAAAGCAAGAAACAAUGGCGAAGAACAUCCACUUGA